GUCAAUAGUGAAAAGGACAAAUUAGUUCCUCUUUGGAUUAGUCAAACUAGCGUAGAAAUUUUAAUGGACAAUGAUUAUUUAGUUAAAUUUAAAAUUUAUCCUCGAAAUGGACACUGGUUAGGUAAACAGGGAAUUCAUGAUUUGAGGGAAUAUUUACAAGAGAAGCUCUAUCAAUAUGACUCUAUCAAAAAUGAGAUUGUUCUCCAAAACAAGAUAAAUUUAAAAGCUAAUAAGUUAACUGCAAAAGGCACAAUAUUAGAAACCAAGCCAAGAUAUGAAAAACUAUAA